AUGGAGGAGGUUUUCAAGGCUAUGCGCGACAUUCACCCCCAUAAAGCUCCAGGCAGGGACGGAUUACCUGGGCUCUUUUACAGACAGUAUUGGCCAACAAUUGGGACUGAAGUGACUAAAGUUUGCCUUGGAAUUCUUAAUGAUGGGAUACAAGAGCAAAGUGCCUUCGUGGGGGAUAGACUUAUUCAAGACAAUGCCAUAAUAGGAUUUGAAAGCCUCCGUUGUAUGAAGACAAAAAGAUUUGGGAAUGGAAGGAAAAUGGCUUUGAAGUUGGAUAUGUCAAAGGCCUAUGAUAGAGUGGAAUGGAACUUUUUAAGAACAAUGAUGAGGGGUUUGGGCUAUGAGGAACAAUGGAUUGAAAAAAUCAUGAGAUGUGUGGAAAGUGUUGCUUUUUCGGUCCUCAUUAAUGGUGAACAAAUUGGGAAUUUCCAACCUACCCGGGGUCUUCGCCAAGGUGACUCGCUAUCCCCAUACCUUUUUCUUCUUUGUUUGGAAGAUGACAGCUUUGUUUUUCUUGAUGCAAAGGAGAAUGAAUGUGAUACUAUGAAGAACAUCUUGCAGCAAUACUCUAGGCUUUCGGGUCAACAAGUAAACUUAGAAAAGUCUGAAGUGAGUAUGGGCAAGAGGAUUUCAUCUACUAUGGGGCAGGAUCUGGCUAAUCGGCUAGUCUCAAAUCAUGCUAAAUACUUGGGGCUUCCGAGCUUUGUGGGGAGAAGGAAACAAGAGGUUUUUGAACUCAUUACAAAUCUCCACUCCUUGGCUACUAAUUUCUGGUGGGGAGAUACAAAAGAUCAUAAGAAACUCCAUUGGAGUACUUGGGAUAAAUUAUGUAGACCCAAGGAGGAGGGAGGUCUUGGAUUCCGAAGCUUAACUGAGUUCAACCAAGCCCUUUUGGCCAAACAAGGGUGGAGGCUUAUUCAUAACCCUCAAACUCUUCUUACCCUGGUCUUGAAAAAUAGCUACUAUCCUAAUACUUCUUUUAUGAAAGCAGGGUGUCCUACGAGAGCUUCUUGUGUGUGGAAAGGAAUUUGUUGGGGCAGAAAAAUUCUGAAGGAAGGAGCAAGAUGGAGGGUUGGAAAUGGUAGAGAGAUUAAUGUGUGGGAAGAUAAAUGGCUCCCGCGGCCACAUGGGGCUACUCUUUCUCAGUUUCCCGAUCUUCCACCCAAAACUAAACUUCAUAAGUUUAUAACUUGGGAGGGAAAUUUGAACAUGGGGGAGAUAACCAAACAUUUUCACAAGGAUGACAUCCCUUGGAUUCAAGGAAUCCCCAUAGAUUUAUAUAUGGAAGACACUCUAAUCUGGCCUUUCACCCCUAAUGGACAAUACAUUGUUAAAAGCGGGUAUAGGGUUGGAAGGGAGAUGAACCUUAAUCCUACUAGAUGCUCUGAUAUGGCAGCGAUUUAG